AUGGCUCCACCAGCAGCAGAAAACCAACACCACCAUCUGGUGCACCUCCAAGCCGGCCUAUUCAACCCCCCGCAUGUAUUCACUGCGCCCCCAGGCGUAACACUCACCCAAGAACAUCAUCCCAGCACAGCGCUAGAUCAGCUCCAUGCCCGCAUUCGCAAUGCCACUAUAAUCGUGCUGAGCUAUCUACGCAUUGACGCCGAGACCCUGUCCAAAGCAGUAUCUCCCAACCUCAAAUUCAUAGCCAUCACCGCCGUCGGCACGGAUACCGUCGACUUGGAAGCAUGUCGCAGACGCGGUAUUCGGGUCGCUAGUUGUCCGGGAUCCAAUGUGGAGUCUGUGACAAAUCACGUCAUGGCCUUGUAUUUUGCUGCAAGACGAAAUAUCGUGCGCAUAGAUCGUGCUACUAAAGAUGGUACCUGGAAGAGAACGGGGUCAAUGUUGGGUGAUAUGCUGGAGUUUAGGGACGGAGGCUUGUGUUUGACGUGUGACGAAGAGGUUGUGGGAAUUCUGGGAUAUGGUACCGUGGAGGAAACUGUAGGCAAAAGGGUGGCACAAGUAUCACGAGCUCUUGGGAUGAAGGUCCUGAUAUCAGGUCGAAAAGGGGAAGGCCACAGUACAGACACACAGAGAAUAUCCUUUGAUGAAGUCCUCACAAAAAGCACAUUAUUAGUGAUUGCCGUCCCCCGACUCCCAGAGACCAUAAACCUGAUAUCAACAGCCGAGUUUCAGAAGAUGUCAUACAAGACCGUCCUGAUCAACGUCUCUCGCGGCGGCAUAGUCGACGAAGCCGCGCUUUUGCAAGCGCUCAAGGACCGGAGUAUCCACGGUGCAGCAACCGAUGUGUUUGCCGUCGAACCCGCAUCUGCUGAGACUUCGCCUCUACUGGCAGAGGAUACGAGUGGGCUGAACUUGACGCUGAGUCCUCAUGUGGCUUGGUGUGCGGACAAGACGGCGAAGAACUAUGCGUCCAUGUCACCUAUGAAUGUAAUGAACUUUCUCCUUGGUAGCCCGACAAACCUGGUUGUGUGA